AAAAAAAAAAAACCCUUUAUGUUUUCCAAAUCAUUUGCUUCCUCAGAGACUUUAUUUAUUGAUUUAUUUAUUUUUUUACGAGAAAGUCCAAGGAGCAAAAAACAGAAGAACAUCAACGAAGCAACACACACAUACACACAAGAAGGCCUGUAAUUCAGACUCGUCGCGUCUCCGGCUCCGAUCGCACUCCUCCGCUGCUCCCAAAUUUUCCGGCCAAUCUCCAUUAACUGGAACUAGAAAUAAGGGAGACGAGAGCCGUGCCGAUUACUCACUUGCUCCCGUUCGCCCUGCUAUUGCCGCCACUUCCUUCUCAACCUUCGAAACAAAAUCCAACGAUAUAGAGGGAGAAGAAGAAGAAGAAGGCGAGGCAUGGGGGAUCUCUACACAUGGCUCAUUUCAUUUUUCAUCCUCAUAGCACUCCUCGUCAUCGUCGUUUUCCAGCUUAUGUGCUUGGCUGAUCUAGAAUUUGAUUAUAUCAAUCCUUACGAUUCUUCAUCAAGGAUAAACAGGGUGGUCAUGCCGGAAUUUGUCACACAAGCAGCUUUGUGCUUGUUCCAUCUUGUAACAGGACACUGGGUUAUGUCAUUGAUAUGUGCUCCAUACUUGUACUACAAUGUGAGACUUUACCAACAAAAACAGCAUCUGGUGGAUGUCACAGAGAUAUUUAACUUGCUUCCCUGGGAAAAGAAGCAACGGCUGUUCAAACUGGCAUAUCUUUUUUUUCUCCUCUUUCUCUCAUUGUUCUGGAUGAUUUACUCUGUUUUGGAAGAAGAUGAAUGAUGGGGAGGCUGGGUUCUAGGCAUUCUUGGAAAUCAUGCCAAAAAGAAUUCAUUGCUGUAGACUGCUAAUCACCACUGAUGGUUCGCACUGCUUUGCUGCGUCAUUCCAGUUGGUGACUGAUAUAAGCUUAAAUCACAAUUUGUAUGAUUCUGAAAUUUUUGUUAAUUUUACUGCAAAAUAUUUUGAGGCUUUUUAGUGUUAUUUUAGGCAUUCAUUCAGGUUGUCUUCCCUUCUGUUUAAUCUAUCUUGCUCUUGAUGUAUAAAAAUUUUCAACGAGACUUGUUAUAGCUGAUGCUUGGAUUCAGACUUGGUUUCCUUGAAGCAGGGUUAAAUCACUUGCUUGGCUUGGUCGAAACCUAUUAUUCACUGUUGUACUACUGAACGAAACCAUCUUCAUUCAUUUCUUAAGUUUCAAAUGAGAUUCCGGGUUAAGCAUUAUUCUGAUUUGGAAUUGGAAGUCGUUUUGGUUCAAGUAUUGGCUUUUCUUUUCUUUGCAAGAAAUUUCCCCUACAACA